AGUUACAUGAGAAGCUCACGCCACUGUUGCAAAACGUCAGGUCUGCCACCGUCCGGUGCAACGCGUUUCCACCACCGUCACCACCGAAACUGACAAUCUGAACUCGAUCAGAUGGUGGUACUAGAUGUGUUGAUAAUAGGGGGCGGCCCUCAUGCCUUGACCCUUGCUAGCCUGCUAUUCAACCCUGACCCUGAUCCAAACUCAGACACCGGACAUGACUCUCCGCUCUCCUCUUCCUCUUCCUCUUCCUCCUCCUCCUCCUCCUCCUCCUUGGACCCCUCGACGCCUCAGACAAACCCGGAAACAUCCAACAAUAAACGCUGCUGUGGCAAGAAGAGGAGGAGGGCGACAGCUGACUCUGCAGGCCUGACACUGGAGGAACGACUAGCAAAGUCAACCAUAUCAGAGAAGGUCGACUGCCCACCGAUGAGUCUCCGAGUGGUGGAUUCCUACGGAGAGUGGACCACUCUGUGGGAGAGCCAGUUCACCGCUCUGAACAUCCCUCAUCUACGCUCACACACACUGGUGCACACAGACCCCCUCAAUAAGAAAGCGCUGCAGGAGUUUGUUUUAAAGUCUGAUCGUUCAGCGGAGCUUCACAGUCUUCCAGACCAGGUUUACAUUCUGGACAAAAACGCGUUUUUCAACGACAUGAGGCUCGGCAAGAAGGAGAGGAGACGUCUUAACAUCACCUCAACACUCAACAAGAGUUUAUCCUUCAGUCUGCCAGGAACCAAACUAAGUGUGGAUUUCUUUAAAGAUCAGGUGGAGAGAUACAACCUGGACAAAGUGCUGGUGAAGGGAACAGUGGAGCACAUCACCCCAGUGAUGGAGGACAAGGCCGACUGGAUAAAAGAGGGUGAAGCCAUGAGAAGGACUGAAAGGAAGACAGUGAAGUAUUUUCAAGUCCAACUUCAAGAAGGCGUCAUCCUAAAAGCCCGCCAGGUCGUUAUGGCGACAGGUCCAACCCGUGCCCAGAUGGCAAACAUCCCUUCAUGGGUGAAAAGCAUCGGAGAGAGCUACCCAGAGGAGCGUCUGCAGCACACGGUGCACCUCAUGCACCACCUGCCAACUGCUCGGCAAAGACUUCAAGACACAGAUAGUCAGAGACAGAAAGAGACUUUUCCCACUCAAGAAGUGUGUGUAGUGUGUACGGCAGGGCAGAGAGUAAUGGUAGUUGGUGGAGGUCUGACCAGCGCUCAUGUCGUCUCAAUUGCCCUUCAGCGAGGUGCCAGCCAUGUGACAUGGGUCAUGAGGAAGCACCUCCAGUUGAAGCAGUUUGAUGUGGGCGACGUGGAGAGCCUGGUGGGUCGUUACUCCCACGUGGAGCACGGCAUCAAGAUGGACGGCCAGGCCUACCUACGGCAGUUCUACAAUGAACGGAGUCUCCACAAACGGUUGGCGAUGAUUCGCCAGGCGAGGAAAGGAGGGGCCGUCACCCCGGAGGCCUACAUCCACCUACAGCCGUUCAUCCUGAAUGGACAGGUGGACGUGAAGACGUACUGUCAGGUGAGAGAAGCCAGCUGGUGCUACAGGAGCCAGGCCUGGAGUCUCUCCCUCAGCACUGGGAACCAGUGGACUGGAGAUGUGAUCUGGCUCGCCACCGGCUGCAAACUUGAUGUCAAACAGGACCCGCUGCUUUCUGAGGUGAUGAAGGAAUUCCCCGUUCAGGUGAUUGAUGGUUGGCCGAGCAUAUCAGAAAGCUUACAGUGGGCAGCCGGGUGCCCGCUCUACCUGAUGGGGCAGUACACCGCUCUGCAGGUUGGACCUCAUGCAGUGAACCUGGCCGGCGGACAGGCCGCCAGCAUGCGGAUCGCCAAGGACAUCAUGCGCCGUCAGCAGCAGGACAACACAGAGGCUUCUGAACUGAGUGGAGAGAAAUCUAAAACAGAAGAAUAUAUUCAACAGAUGCAAGGCCUGUUAUGGCUUUAAUGUUGCUGUUCAGCCUGAAGAACUAAGAUGCACGUGUGACGACUUAUGUCUGGCCAAUGUGGCCUUGAUUAAAUGGAUUGCACUUGAAUAAAUGCUUUUUUGGGAACUAUAA